AUGGAAGUGAUACUCGAAAUCGUGAAGGUCUGUGUGGACUUGGCAAUCAAAAUAGAAGAAAGCAUAACUACAGCUGAACACAACUCUGAAGCCAAGAAGACCCUAGCAGAGCGCACUGAGGUCAUCAAGACUGUGCUGGGAGAGAUCAGGAAACAGCAUGAGAAGUGGCAAGCAGCACAGACAUCAGUGCUGUCAGGGGAAAUCCAAGAGCAGCAAGCAACGGUGCCAACAGAGCCACAGGGAGAUAUCAAUGAGCAGCAAGGAGCAACGAUGGCCUGCGGACUGGAGCAAGCACUGAAGUGCGUGCAGGGGCAACUGGAGAGGGCAGCGGACAUGUUUGAGAAGAUGGAUAACGAUGGUAGACUAAAGAAAUUCUGGGUAGCCAAGGGCAGAUGCAGUGAACUGACCGACCUGGACAAAUCCCUUCAUGGUGCUGUUGGAGUUCUGCAGAUGGCUCACACGGCCCUAUUGGGUGACACUGUGAACCAGACACACCAGCGGGUGGAAGAUGUUGCAACGAUCAUGAAGGAGUUGUCCCUGGAUCAGAAAAAUCUGUCUGAGGAAGUGAGGCAGGUACUGCGUCAAGCAUUUGCAGAGAAGCUGGUAGGCUCAGAAUGCAGCGAGGACCAAGAGCAACCCCCCAAUGAGGCAACAUCUACCCCAAGUGCCAAACCCUUGGCCCCUGAGGAGUGCGUGAGGUACAAUCGGGAAAUGCUGCAGUUCCUCAGGCAGCAAAUGGAGGCAUUCACGUCCAUAUUUUCAACACAAGAGUUCUAUGCAGCUGCCCAAGCCAUGCCAGAUGGGUGGGCAAACUCCAUGCAAAACACAUAUGGUGCACUGAAACUUGGUUGGAUGCUCAUUGAUCGCCACAAGAAGCCCUUCAAUCUCAGCACGUUUUACAAAAACUGCGAGGCGCAAGACGCAGUCAACAUGAUCUGUGGCACAAUAAAGAAGUUUUUUGAUAAGUGGGGUUUCAGCAGUGCCAGUAUUGAGGAGACAGUGCCACAGGAUGCAGCCAAGGCAGACAAGGAGCAGCUUCAAGCAUACCUGGAAUACGUUCUGAAGGAUGGAAGCUGCUCGUUUGAUGGGCUUCCUGAAUCCGUGAAAAAAGAGUGGGAGGAUGCCAAGGUGACGACAGGUCUACUGCUGGAUAUGGUGAAAGUCCCAAACACCGAUGAGGACAUAAAAGAGAUCAGGCACAUCGCUGGCUCAGUGUACGAAGGCAGGUGGGAUGGGUCACCAGUGGCAGUGAAAAAACUGCUCAAGGACAACGAUCCAUCCAAAUUGGAGCUGGAGGAUUUUGCUCAGUUUUUCACGGAGGCCGUGGCAUUGGCGAGGCUGAAAUCUCCCCACAUCGUCACGUUCCACGCCGCCACAGAGUCUGGCAGGCUGGUGAUGGAGCUCGGGAAGGAGCAGCUCCUCAAGUGGUGCGAGGCCCGGCAGAAGGACUCCGUUGCAGGCCUGCCCCAUGAAGGUCUGCCGCUGAGGCUCAGGCUCCUGCUUCAGGCCGCUCAAGCGCUGAGGGACGUCCACGCGCAGCGGUUCAUCCACCGGGACAUCAGCACCGGAAAAUUCGUGGUGUUCGAGAACGAGGGCACCCCAAAGGUCAAGAUCGUCGGCUUUGGCCUGGCGAUCGUACGGACGGAGACGGGGUCCCAGACCCUGAGGCGGCAUAUAGAUGAGACGCCCGCCUGGGUGGCGCCCGAGAUCUUCGACGGCAAGCAGUACAGAUUCGCGUCGGAUAUUUACAGCUUCGGCGUCGUGAUGUACCAUGUAGUCACGGGGGUGUACCCGUACGGCAGGAGGACCGCCGUGGGAGAGCUGAUGAAGAGGAAGGCGGCCGGACACAAGCCGUGUGCGGUGAACCAGAAUGUGCAGGCGCUCAGCGGGCUGGAGGAGAUCAUGGUGAGGUGCACGGAGACGGACCCAGGGGCCCGGUACGGGAGCAUGGAGGAUGUCUGCAACGAUUUGGAAGCCGUGAUCUCAAAGGCUGGAUGGAGCGGUUAA